GUUAGCACGUCUCUCUCUCACUAAUGGUGCUCCUCACAAACAGGCUUAACCAACAGAACGUCUGCAGAAAAGUUUAAACUUGCCACUAACAGACACAGUCACCUGCUGGGAUUGGGAUUAUCAACCAUGUAAUCCUUAAAAAACAAAGACACCUGAAGGUCAUCCCAGCAGUCUUUUGUGAAUGCUUCAGAGAGAGCCGCACACAUUGGAAUAGCUGGGAGAAUGUUUCUGUGGGCCGGAAGCAAAGGAACUCAAGGAUCAGGAAGUGAGAGAAGCAGGACCAUUUAUCAGAAGAUUCGUGAGUAUGACGUUUUGGAAAAGAGGAGGACAGUCACAGCUCUAAAGGCUGGAGAAGACAGAGCCAUUCUCUUAGGCCUCGGCAUGAUCCUUUUCUCUGCCAUGAUGUACUUUGUGCUCGGCAUCACAAUGGUGCGCUCUUACUCAGACAGCGUUUGGACAGAGGAGUCAAACUGCACAGUGCUGAACUCCAGUAUAGUUGCUGAGAUUAACUGUAGCUAUAGUUGCGGCUCAGAGUGCAGGAAGAGCUCCAGGUUUCCCUGCCUUCAGGUAUAUGUCAGUCUGAAUUUCCCCGGCAAAGUUCUGCGGCUGUCAUACAAUGAGGAGGCCCAUGAGGCCCACCCUGAGUGUUUUUACAUCCCAAAGUGCCGCAAGGAUCACACACUGAUGCACAGCAUUGUGAUGAACAUCUCAGAGCGACUGAAAACGCACCAACAGGUUUUGUGUUACUAUGACCCCUCAGAGCAGCAGGACAGCGUCCUCCUGACACGCCUCUAUGGCCGCGGGGCCAUCAUUAGCUCUUUUCUCUGGCCCACAUGCACGCUGGUGGGGGGCACGCUCAUCAUCGCAAUGGUGAAGCUCACUCAGUACCUGUCCUUCCUGUGCGAGCAGAUCAGCCGCAUUAAAAGGAUGGGGCUCUAUCCCCUAAAGGGAGCUUCUCACACCAGGGUCUGCACUCGGAAGUUUAAUGGCAGCAUCCAGGAUGGGGUUUGAAUGGAGGUGGCCACGUGUAAAUUUGUCAACGAACCUGUUUUCUACCCCUACGUAUAUAACGAAGUGUUUCCGCUCUCAUGUGGUCUUCCUUUGGCGCUCCAUCAACCUUGUUAAUCUGCCGAGUUGUAUUAACAAGGCUGAAGCAAUGUUGUGAUUAAAAACUUCCUGUACCAUUGAGAUCAGGCUCAAUAGAGCUUCUAGUUGUCGCAGUUGGAACUUUUUACAAUAAGACUGGGUCAAGUCCAAUCCUGAAACUCGAGGAUCAAAAUAUGUGGUCAUGUUGUGGGGUGUUGAUUACACUUUCUGACCAACAGAUCAAAGACUCCAUUCCAAGAAGACGUCACUGUGUAGCGAUAUGUCUUGACCAGCUGACGCUUAUGUAAUCGCAGAAAUUAAAAGUAGUAUGAAUAUGCUACUUCCAUCAGCGGUGAUUGCUGUCAUUCAUGGCUCUUUGACAAACACCUGUGGAUCUCUUCAAAACCAAAGGUCAUAUGUUGAUUGUGAAUAUACUGUAUCUCCUAAAGGGAUAGU